AGUCGGGCUUUGGCGUCCGUCGGGAACGGGGUUGUUCAACUGCUGCCCAAAUUGUCGAAAGAAUUCCAUACGCGGACGAUUCGUGAUGUAAACCAAACGGUUUUCAGUGAUUGUUUAAUAUAAGUGCUGAGUGUAUAUUGGAAGUGUAUGUUUUAUUGAAAGUGAUUGUGACGUAUGUGCUCACUGGAUUUGCUGUUCAUAAAGAAUCGAAUGCCGGGUCCUUAACGGGAGUGGGUGCUAGUGAUGUGUAAAGUGCGUAUCGAUAAAAUUUGGAGGUAAUGAUGCGCCUACCGACAAUGUUGUCACAGGCGCGCUUCAUUUCCUUCGUACUGCUCAGUAUACUGCUGCAGUACUGCGUGAAGAGUCAACAAGAGAUCCUCAUUGAGGAAUCAGCCGCGAUAGAGUCCCUCCACGCGCCGACGGGGGGAAAUGUAGAGCUGCCCUGUGAUGUCACGCCCACCCUCCCCGACGACAUGAUGGGCUUGGUCAUCUGGUACAAGCAGGGACACAAAACCCCUAUAUACUCAUUCGAUACAAGAGAAGGAGUGACUUCGCAUUGGUCGGAUCCUACCACCUUAGGAGUGAGAGCAACCUUCAGAAGCAACUCUCGUCCAGCAGUCCUUAUUCUUAGUAAAUUAAGACCAGAAGACAGCGGUCAAUAUAGAUGCAGAGUGGACUUCAUUAAAUCACCAACGAAAAAUACAAGACUAAACCUAACUGUUCUAAUUCCACCAGAGCGACUUAUAGUUCUGAACCAUGAAGGGAACGAGGUAAACGGAGGAGUUGUCGGACCUUAUGACGAGGGAACAGAGGUCAAUCUCACUUGUAUAGCCGUUGGAGGUCGACCGAUUGCACGAGUCUCGUGGUGGAAAGCGCACGCACUCCUCGCGAACUCCGAAGCGAGAGCUACUGUCUCCUUCAGGGUUCAAAGGUCGGACUACGGCACCGACGUCAUGUGUCAGGCAGUAACUGAUCCCCUAAUAUCACCCGUCUCGGAGAAUAUAUCAAUAGACGUGAAUCUGCGCCCGCUGUGGGUUCGUCUGCAGGGUGGAAAAAGGCCUUUAGUCGCAGGUCAGAGCACAGAACUGGUAUGCCAAGCCGUUGGAGCCAGACCGAAGCCCACAAUAUCAUGGUGGAGGGGCGGAACAAGACUGAAGACUGUACGAGAAACGACUUCAACUGAUGGCAACGUGACCAGCAGUGUCUUGACCUUCGUGCCCUCGAUAGAAGAUGCCGGUAGGGUUCUGUCCUGCAGAGCGAUCCAGCCCACUUUACCCCAUUCGACUCAUGAAGAUGGUUGGAAAAUGGAGAUACAGCAUCUUCCUGUUGUGAAGCUAGAAUUGGGUGCCAACUUGGACGCCAGUAAAGUAGUGGAAGGCUCCGAUAUAUAUCUGGAUUGUAGAGUGCGAGCGAACCCCUGGCACAACCACGUCUAUUUCACACAUAACGGUGUGAUAGUAAAAUCCGGGCCAGGCGUCCUCCUGGCCAAUCAGAGUCUGGUGCUGCAGAAGGUAUCCAGAAAAGCGGCUGGUUCUUACGUUUGCUCGGCCAGGAACAGCCUCGGCGACGGGUCCAGUGAACCCCUAACAUUGGACGUCAAGUUUUCCCCAACGUGUAGAUCAAACCAGCCUUUAGUGCUAAGAGCCGCUAGGGGCGAGGUGGUAGAAAUUGAAUGCGACUUAGACGCCAAUCCCCAGGAUUCCAUAAGGUACCACUGGUGGUUCAACAGUUCUGCUCACAGCAAACACGAGCUCUCCACCACAGCCAUGACGACAGCUCAGAACCUGCCUGGAACGUAUCUCUACAUGGUGAACACGUCUUCGGACUACGGCUGGGUUCAAUGCUCAGGAUCUAACAUGGUGGGAGGACAGGCGAAGCCAUGUCUAUUCCACAUACUUCCAGCUGACAAACCAUCGGCACCUAAAGCAUGCGAAAUCACGAAUGUAACAUACGACUCUUUGACACUGAACUGCACGCCGGGACACGACGGCGGCCUUCGACAAUACUUUCUGUUACAAAUAUUCGACAUGGCAACCGGCUUACUGCUCCGCAAUAUGACGGGGGAAGAACCAGAAUUCGAAGUGUCGGGGUUGCCAGCCGGCAACGCUUUAGGAGUUGCCAUAAAAGCGUUUAAUCGAAAAGGAUCUAGCGAGCCAUUGUCGUUGAGUUCGAACUUACUGAAGUACCCACAAAGACAUACGGCACAAGUACCAGUUAAAGUUGAACUUACCACAGUAUUGAUAAUAGUAUUAGCGGCGGUAGGUCUGAUCGCUGCGAUGACGGCUUUGUCAGCCGCGGUGUUCUGCUGCCGAUACUGUCAGAAGAAGGAAGGUAAAAGUGAGAAAGACAAGCGGCAACAGGACGAGACCUUGAAUAUACCACUAACCAGCACCAAGGAAUCUGAAAGCGUUGAUAGUAUAGACAAAAAUCCAGAUAUAAUACCACUGGAUGGAAAAAUUAGUGACAGCUGUUCAAAUAAAUCCUCCACCACUGACUACAGCUCUAUAAGGCCUCUCAUUUCGAAAACGCCAGACAAAUACGAUCUUCAAACGAACUGCGACAGAUUCUACGACCACAAUCUGGACCAAUGCAACCAGUACAUACAAGUUCGCCCAAUCGAUUAUAGACGGCCCACGUAUGCACCAACUUUGGCUCCAAUGCCGAAUUUGGGGCCAAGCAUACAGAGUCUGGGGCCGAUGAGCAGUCUACAUUUAUCGAAUGUUGGACCAAACGAUUGUCAUAGACAGUACGAUAAGGUUUACGAAGAUUGGUUGAAAUAUAAGAAUGCUUUGCCGCUGAAUACUACUGGCCUGUUACCAGCUGAACAGCUAAUGCCUCCCGAACUAUACGCGACCCCCCCUCCAACGAUAUACAGUAACAGCAGCAGGAAUCCCCUCAAUCUGACGCAGAUGCCGAAUUUGGAGCCGAGAUACCACUUGGAGCCAAGGUCCCUGAUGACCCAGGACUCCAGGAGCUGUUCCAACUCGCCCCCGGUUAGAUUUAACACGGACAACACCGUUUAUUAUAGCAAAGGCGUGGACCGAACCAAUACGUUACCACAUUUGAAAAGUAGGAUAAAUGUAAAUUCUCCGGUACAGACGCCGUGUGAUAACAAGACUAGCUCAACAAAAUCACCAGAAACAAAUUUAGAGCAUUUAAAAUUAACAACGAAAGACUGAAGCGAAGAAAAACUAAUUUGGCAAUAUAGUGAAUAUAAGACUUGACGGAAGUGAACAAUAUAAACGAGUUGACACAUACGUUUAGUGCAAAAUGAAAAUGAGUUGACACUAUGCGCUUAGUGCAAAAUGAAAAUGAGUUGACACUAUGCGUUUAGUGCACAAUGAAAACGAGAUUAUUAAAUAGUGUUAUUGUGUUAUUAAGUGAAAAAUUGACAAUGCGCAAAACAAUGCAAAUGAGUUUUAAGUGUGCUAGUGAUUUAAUGAGAACAAUUGAACUGAGUUUAAAUUAUAUGAAACGAGUGUUCAUGAAUGUACUUACUGUGGUGUCGUGAUCGUAAAUUUGAGUUUUUUUUAUUUUAUAAAACGCUUUUUUUAGUGAUUUUUUUAAUUGUUUCACAAAAAAAAAAGUAACAAACAAGAAUUUGUUUCCUAAAGAAUAACAAUUAUUUUUAAUUUAACAAUAACAUAAAUUAUUUUGUAUAAUUAAUAAUGAAUAUAAUUUAACUAUUUAGUUUAUAGUUUAUAAUUGAAACAGAUGGCGUCCAUUUAUUUUUUUAUUGCGCUGCGUAAUUAAAAAAGUUUCAGUUUUCUCUCUUCAAAAGGCCUAAUAGUAUAGAAGCUGCCAGAAACAUUUUUUAAAUUUAAUUUGUAAGUAAAAUUAACGUCAAUUCGAUAGAGUUUAAUGUAGAACAAAAAAAAUCCGAACAUCUAACGUUAUAAAAGACUGAAGGAACAGUAGUAUCAAAAACUUUGUACGAGGUAAGAAUAUUUUUUUAGUUUAGACGAACAUACAGCCCACCCUACGGUAAGUGGCAACUGAAGGAAAUUAGGUUAAUGAAGGGUUUUUCUAAAGAUUUUUACUAUUUUUUUUUACAUCACCGUCGACGAUUUGUUCGCGGGCAUCAGUAAUCGAAUAGUUAACUUAAUAAAGCAGCUCUCAGUUCGUUUUACGUAGCAUCGACAUAUAAACGAUACAAUUAGAAUCAACAAUAGCGUUUCAAGAUUUUGUUUAAAUUGCUUCCAUUCCUCGAUCUCCAACGCCAACUCGUCAGGGCAUUUCCAGGUCCCGUACGUGAUUCUCCCAUCGGUUCCGCCUUCCAGGAACUCUUUCGGCGACUCGGAGUACAGUGGCGUCCUAGAAUGUACAGCAUCUUGAAGAUCUACCUUGUAGUACUUGAGUACCACGCAUUCACUCUCGCUCUGUCUCUUUCUAUGCCAUGUUAAACGUUUAGCGCAACCUUGUUGGAAGUCGCAUUAGAAGUUUCACUUCAACAAAAGAAGGCAAAGUUAGGUAAUCCAGGCGCUUAGUAACUAAAUUCGAUAUAAUAACUUCAGUGGGCCGCGUAAGGCACCGGUGACCUACACGGCAUUCAAUGGGUUAAAAUUAGUCUUUAAAAAAUUGCCUGAGAGACUGUUAGAGUAUUUUAAUUUUAACAAUCAAUGCUCGGAUGACGUAGACCACCUGUCCUGGUUUCCACCUGUCCUGGUGAAACUAGAAAGGCUUUUGGGCCACCAGUAAAAUUUCAAUCAUAAAAAAAGAAGGAAAUAUCUCUUUCUUUAUCUCUCUCUCUCUGGUAUAAAAUAGUCAGAAUGGAAUCACCAACGCAUGUUACUAUAAUCUAGAUUACAAAUUAAUUUUGUUUUGUAUUUAAAUUAAUUAAGAUUAUGUAGGCAAGGGUUUAUUUAAGUAAUUGAAAAUAAUAAGUAAUGUUUUUUUUUUUAGAUUUUACACGCACACGAUACGACAACAAAAAAUAUUUAGGAUUGUAAAAAAGAAAAUUGUUACUAAAUGAAUAUGUAAAUAAUGUAAAAAAAAAAUAUGAAAAAGAAACUAGUAUGUACAAAUUCUAAAAUACGAAUUGUUGCCAUUUUUAUUAUUAUUUUUUUUAUAAUAUAAAUUUAAUAAUUAUAAAAAUUAAAUUAGAAAACUAACAGAAAAAAGUCGAGCUUUAUUUCAAUGUGAAAUUAUAAACUAAUUGAUUUAAUCAAAAAUAGGUUUUUUUUUUAAUAUUCCAAAAAUUGUCUUCGAUGUUUUUGAUUUAUUUUGCUCUGAUGAAAUGAAAAUACAUAAUAAUAAUAAUAAUUGCUUCGGUUGAUGAGCGUGGUUACGGCACGCCUGUUGUUAAGUGGUUACCGGAGCCCGUGGACAUCAACAAAAUAAAUGCCGCCACCCAUCUUGAAACACGAAUUCUAUGUCUUAAUUUUAUAGUUAGUACAAUGACAGUCCCACCCUUCAGACUGAAACGCAUUACUGCUUCGUGGCAGACAUAGGCUGGACGUUAGUGCUGAUCCGUGCGAGCUCACAACACGCCCUAUCACCACUGUUUAUUUCUCUGCAAAUGGUCCUAAAAAUAAAAAAUAAACAAUGCUAAAUUUAUAUUUCGACAACAAACAGUUUUAUCUUAAAUUAAAAUCGACAAAAUGUUUGGUUUAUUUAAAUAGUUAUUCAGGGUACCUCUUGGAGCAGUAAAAUUUGUAAUGUAUUACAAACACAUCCUUUUUUUAAACUAUGAUAAAUGUGUUUUUUUUUAUUGCUUAGAUGGGUGGACGAACUCACGGCCCACCUGAUGUUAAGUGGUUACUGAAGCCCAUAGACAUCUACAACGUAAAUGCGCCACCCACUUUGAGAUAUAAGUUCUAAAGUCUCAGUAUAGUUACAACGGCUGCCCUACCUUUCAAACCGAAACGCAUUGCUGCUUCACGGCAGAAAUAGGCGGGGUGGUGGUACCUACCCGUGCGGACUCACAAGAGGUUCUAGCACCAGUAACUACGCAAAUUAUAAUUUUGCGGGUUUGAUUUUUAUUACACGAUGUUAUCCCUUCACCGUGGAAGUCAAUCGUGAACACCUGUUAAGUACGUAUUUCAUUAGAAAAAUUGGUACCCGUCUGCGGGAUUCGAACACCGUUGCAUCGCUCAACACGAAUGCACCGGACGUCUUAUCCUUUAGGCCACGACGACUUCAAACUAACUCGGGUGACCAUGAUUUAUCAUUCGAAUUUCGAUGAUUUAUUCUCGAAACUGCAUAAGCCUAUGUCUGUCUACUAAACAGUAAUCAAAUUCCGGAAAUUGUACAAGUAAAACAAAGGCAAGAUUAAACUUUAUAAAUGCACAAUAAUAAUUUUUAUUUACGCUAAAAAUAAUUUGUCGUUACGCUAAAACGCUAAUACUUAAUUAAUCAAUUUAAAGAGCCAUUUGUAAGUAUAUAAUAUGUUAUGUUUACAAUUUCGCAUUUCAUCAGAAAAGAUACAAAGUAUAUUUAUAUAUAUAUAAUUGUUAAACUGCAGUGUUGUUUGUAAUGUAAAUUGUAUUAAAUAGAAUAUAUUGAUUAUAUGUGAUAAUGAAAUAA